AUGAAUUUGUAUUUUUCCAAGUUUUUAUUCGUUGAUCUUAACAAUUUUUUUCAACAGGAAGAAACCACUCAGUUUAGACUCCACUCUCAUUGUCUUGAGCCACCAAGUGCAGUAAUUAUUCCGUAUUUGAAUCUAGUCGGAUUUGGCGAAGUUUCACAAAUUCAUACCAAAAGAGUUUAUUCUAAGCUUGUGGUUGCUCUGUUAGAAUGGUGGAGACCGGAAACGCAUACAUUUCAUUUUUCAACCGGUGAAUGUACCAUCACUUUGGAAGAUGGAUGUGUGUUAUUUGAUCUUUGUAUAGAUGGUGAUAUUGUUAAUGGUCCUACUCAAGUAGGUAGAAAUGUUUAUAUGGAACACUUGGGUGUGGAACCAUCCAGAGAAGAUAGAAACAAGAAUCCAGUAAAAAUAACAUCGUUAGAAGGGAUGUUAGCAUAUCUGAAAAACCGGAAUCCACCAACGGAAGAGGAAAAUAUCCUUCAUUCCAAAAUAUAUAUUUUACUUCUUAUUUCUUGUUUUUUAUUUCCUAACAAGAGUAAAAACUUAAUGCAUUUUUAUUGGAUACUUUUAGUUGGUAAUUUAGAAGCAUGCAAUAAUUAUAGUUGA